AUGGGCCCGGCCGCACGCGAAGGGAAAGGCAGCCAGACGAAGAAGCUGGACGUGAGGAAGGACGACCGACUGGACGUGAGGAAGGACGACCGACUGGACGUGAGGAAGGACGACCGACUGGACGUGAGGAAGGAAGAUCCUUCCGUCCCGAAGGGACGCAAGGAAGGAGGAAAUUUAGAUCCCAUGCUGAGGAAACGAAGUGAGGACGACCUCUUCGCUACGGCCAAUCUCGACUGCAAAAAAAGGAACAGAGAGGAAAUGAAACGCGGGGGAAGGACGGAGCGUUUGGACGAUGUCCACCCAGGUUCAUCCAGGUUCAUCGACGGAUUUUCGAUUUUAGAAACUGCUGGAGGAGAAUCGACCGAGCCGACCCAGAUGACUUUUCGUGGGGCUUACGUCGGCCCAACGUCGUCCUCCGACGUCAGGACGCGUCGGCCCGAUGUCGGUACCUCGCGUUGGCCCCACGUGCAAGUGACCGUUGAGCCAACGCUGGGCCAACGGAGCAGCGGAAACAGCGAGGCCAACAACCAGGCCGACAGCCAGGCCGUCAGCGAGGCCCCCGACGACGAUCCCGACCGUGAGUCCCCGAUCCCACCGCUCACGCGUGCAUCAUCCGCCUCACGGAUCUGCGGGACGACGAGCCUGACCGGGUACACGGUGCCGGCGGGGACGAGGCUGAUCAUGUCCUUCACGUCGAACGCGUUCAUCAACGCCCAGGGAUUCACGUGCACCGUCACGUGCGCGGCGACCGAGUACAAUCGCCUGCACGAGGAACUUGAAGAGCGAACAGAACAAACUGGCCGGGCGCCUGAAGGAGACUGGAUGACGUGUCCUCUACUUCGACGGCAGGGACAUCUGGAGGAAGGGGGAGGCGUUUCCUCUGGGGACAGGGAUGUCUGGGGGCAGUGA